GCUAACACAAUUAACAUAAUUUGAUAGCCAUUAAAAAGUAUUAGAUUUGUAACCCGGUAAUUAAUGAUGAUGAUGCUUAAUAUAUUUUAACAUAUUGUCUGAUAUUUGUUAAUAUAUAACAUUGCAUUUUUGAAAUUUUGAUAUACGUGUGUUCAUUUUAUUUUUGAUCAUUUGAAUAUGUGUUAUGAUCUGUUUCUUAAAGAGAAUUUUAUUUGGUGAUGCCCAAUUCUAAAACCAGCACAUUUUUUCGAUAUCCAUUAACUGUGUUAUCAACAUAACACAUAUAUUAGUCCACAGAUAUUGUCAUGUGAUCUAUAUAGUUAGUGUAGUUUUCUAUAUAUAAUGUUUGUCUAGAUGUUUCUUGUAAUUCACAAUCAUUUUUUUCUUCAUAUUAUACCUAUUGUUUUAUAUGUUUACAACAAAAGAAUCAGUAGUAAUUAACUUAUUUGUUCUUUAGAAUAUGUUUAGAACAAUGAACACAAUAAAUUAGUUCUAUAAAAACAGUGAACAAAAAUAAAUAAUUUUUUAUUUGCUUCGGAAAUCUAAGAAUGAUAAGAACAGUUUUAUGAAUACAUUACCUUAAUUUUCUUGAUUUUUGUUUUUUUUUUGUUUCCAGAUUAGCUUCAGUAUCAAGUCAAUGGGGGCUGUUGGAUUAGUCUCUCAACUACUGUUGAAAUAUUCAAGCUCCGAUGAGGAUGAAACCAACGAACAAAGCCUGUGUUUGUACACAGCCGCUUGUGAAGAAGAUCCAGAGCUCAAAUCAUUUGGUUAUUCGCUUGACCAACGAUUUAGCAAAUUGAAGAGCUCGCUUGCUAUAGAAGGCAAGACUGAAAACUACCCCCUAAACUCAGUCAAGUUGCUGUGCGGGUUUCUAGUUGAAACGAACCAAGAGUUGGCCAAGGAAAUUACCGCCAGCAAAGAUGUAUUGGAGGACGAAGAACUAAGGUCUGUGGUUGAUCUCUAUUAUGAGAGUUCCACGAAGACUUUAGAUCUAUUUAAUACCGUGGGGAAUUCCGCCAAUAAAGCAAAAUUAAGCAUUGUGAACAUUCGAAUGGCGAUCAAACAGUUUGAAAGAGAGUCGAUGGACACAGAUCUUGGAGGAAACAAGAAGAAGUACGAGGAUACGUUAGAGGAGCUGAACAAGGUUAAAGCUAUGGGAGAUCCUUUUGGUGACGAGUAUAAGAAUCAGAUGAAGUCUGUACGCGAGGAGCAGCUUAUUCUUUUAAAGAAGUUCCAUGAGCUGGCGGUGAAGCUUGGUAGUAAAAAGAAGAUAUUAAAGAUUAGGAGGAGAUUGGUGACUAUUGUUUACGCUCUUGCGGCUUUGUCCUUUUUGGCCGUAGAGAUUUGUGUAUGCAUAGCCAUACCACCGAUGGCGUUCUAUACUGCGCUUGGGACUGUGACUGGGUUGAACUACGUGAUUGGAACUGUAGGAGUAUUGGUCCAUAAGGUGUUGAAGAAACGUGAGAAGGAUUUGGAUAAACAGAAAGAGGUGGACUAAUAUGUAACCAAAAUAGUAUCUGACUUGAUUAGGUAAAACUUUAAAACAAAUAUUUGUUGCAGUUUAACUUUCUUCUAUAAAAUAAGACAGUAAGACUUCUCUAUUCAUUACUCUCACACAAUCAGCAACAUAAACAGGAGAAGAUUUUGAGAUUACAAUUAGCAAUGGAGAAAACAUCUCUCAAACUUGUCUUCCUGUUCUCCCUCACAAUCAUAGUCUUUUGUAUGCUUCUUCUUCUAUAUACUAAGACAUGUUCAUCUUUGUUAUCUAAUUUUUGCUUUGGUUUUGUAUCAUGUAAUUAAAGUUUGUGGUGCUGUAUUUGUGAAGGUUCGUCUUUGGUUGAUGCAAGAGAGAUGGCGAAGGAAGAAGUGAAUUACAUCGAUGGCAAAUGUCCUGAUGGAAAGAAGAACUGUAACUGCUUGCCGCCGGUAGCACCUGUAAUGGACUCUUACAAGAUUAAUGCGACUUGCCAUAGAGAUAUUGAAUGCAUCAAGUUCUGUCCUAAAGGCUGCAAGAUUGUUAACUUUAAAUUUGGUAACUGUUUCUGUGAAUGUUAAGAGAUAGAAAACCACAUUAUUUUCUGCUUUUGAGAUAGAGAGGAACAGCAGAUAUGAAAGUACACAUGUAAUAAUUCUUGAAGUCAAUUUAUGACGAAAUAGUUGAGUAGUACUAAA